UUAUGUUUGCUUACUUCUUUUACCUUGAACGAUAAGGUUUCCGAGUAUAAAGUUAAAGACAAGGAUGGAGACAAAGAUUUAGACGAAACUAUAAAAAUUGACACCAAAAAGGAAACAGAAACCUUUCACAUCGCAAGUAAUGGCGACACCAGCCCCGAUGCCCCUGGACAGGUCGAUGUUGUUUACGAUUUCAAACAGGUGAGUUUGUAGGUCAGAAAUUGAAAUAUGGCAUAUUUUAUCUUAAAUAUAAUUGCCUUCCUUUUGUUUCUUUCACAUUCUCUCAUUCCUUUUCUUUCGUCCUUCCUUCCUUCUUUUCUUCCUUCUUCUUUCCUUCCUUCUUUUCCUUCGCUCUGCGUCGUCUUUUCAGAAUGGACUACUUUUACUGCUCUCUUUCUCUCUGAUUUCGCGUAUUAGUCUUGUUUAUUGACAAUGCACCCCUUGCCGUAUUAUAAUAUUUUUUAAAUAGUUAUAGCCAAGUACAUAUGUGACUGUUUUCCUUUUGUCUUUUGGUGUAGAAAAUGGCAAUGCACCGAAUGUCCAAUCAGAAAGCUUGUUUUCUGAGCGACUCUACUGACAAUCUACCAAAACCAGCUGACCUCAAGAAAUUACUUGAAACGGUAAGUACAUUCUCAGAAGUUGUUUGUUUAGUACCUCUGAAGCUGACGACAUUCACGUAAUAUAAGAGAAAUAGAACACUUGCUGGGCUCUGGGGUUUUUUGGAUUCAUUAGUAUUGAUCAAUACUACCAGUUUUACCAUUGUUUCUUACAUAUCCUCCCUCUUGAAUGAAUGAGUGAAUGAAUGAAUAAAUGAAUGAAUAAAUGAAUGAAUGAAUGAAUGAAUGAAUAAAUGAAUGAAUGAAUAAAUGAAUGAAUGAAUGAAUGAAUGAAUGAAUAAAUGAAUGAAUGAAUGAAUGAAUAAAUGAAUGAAUGAAUAAAUGAAUGAAUGAAUGAAUGAAUAAAUGAAUGAAUGAAUGAAUGAAUAAAUGAAUGAAUGAAUAAAUGAAUGAAUGAAUGAAUGAAUGAAUAAAUGAAUGAAUGAAUGAAUGAAUGAAUGAAUAAAUGAAUGAAUGAAUGAAUGAAUGAAUAAAUGAAUGAAUAAAUGAAUGAAUGAAUGAAUAAAUGAAUGAAUAAAUGAAUGAAUGAAUGAAUGAAUAAAUGAAUGAAUGAAUGAAUAAAUGAAUGAAUGAAUGAAUAAAUGAAUGAAUGAAUGAAUAAAUGAAUGAAUGAAUGAAUGACUGAAUGAAUGAAUGAAUAAAUGAAUGAAUGAAUGAACGAAGGAAGGAAGGAAGGAAGGAAGGAAUGAACUUUAUUCACUGUCAAUAAAGUUAAUUCAUUCAUUCAUGCAAUUCUACAUCUAACGAUAUUGGGACAGCUUAUUAGAUUUUGAUCACAUCGAAGGUCCUCUUUUUUGUUUAUUUUGCAUUUUCCGAGGGCUAAUUGAUUUGUGGAUAGUAUUUCAGCCUUUUGCAGCAUCCGGUACUGUUUUGUAAGAUUUUUCACAAAAGUGCAAAAACCUGACAUUUUAGCUUUAAAAAAUACUUUUAAAUGUUAGCUAAUAUUGCGCAACAUCUAACUUUUAGGUUAUGGCAUCGUUCAUUUGGAGAUUUAUAAUCACUUUUACUGCAAACUACUUAUUUUUGUGCAGUGUGAUUAACACUAAAGGUUAAGUAAAGGGGAAAAGUUGGUAACGUGCUACAAAAUUACGCAACCCUUAUUAGGGGGGCGACCAUUUAACUUUUGAGGGGAGUGGGUGGGAAAGGGUGUUUUCAAAAAUAUAUAUAUCUUGCAGACUGAUUUGGAGAGGAAAAAAUUCUUGCAAGGAAAUACCUAGCUAAUAAAAACUCCUACACUGGAAAACAUAUCUUGCAUGGCGUAUAAUGUUGGAAAAAAAAAAUCUUAAUCCAUUGUAUGUCAGGAAAAAAAUCUAUCACUAGAAGUUUGGGAAAAAACAAAUUCUUACACAAACCGAAUUACCCAUAGCCACCCCUCCCCCCACCCACUCAAAUGUCAAAUGGUCGGCCCCUUAGGAAUAGACAAGGAGCCUUUGAAGAAAAGGGUUCCUUUUGGAGAAUGAACUCAUACUCUCGUAUGAAGCAUUCAUCAUUAAUCGCGAUCAGAGAUUUGUCUCAUACAUUUUGGCGUUGACGGUAGACCAUCCGUAAAGAUUCGUAAAGAAUUUUGCUUUUUUUGCCUUUAGCAAUCGAACCAGGAUAGCAGCCAUGCAGAGACACAAGGGGAGACUGAAUAUGCCGUUGUUGGUACUGUCAAUGACCGCUCGUUCCUGAGUGAUGAAAUGGCCGCCAUGUGUGCUAAGUUGCCCAUUUAUCGCAUCAGGCAGAGAAACCUCCCAGUUCAACGUAAGUUAAAUAAUGCUUCAAUAAAAAAGAUACAUGUAGAUAAAAUUUUUAAGUCUGUCUUACAACAAUUAACAGCAGGAGCAGUGGGAAAAACAAAAACAAAAGCUACCAACUAAAACGACCAGCUACUACCAUAAACAAGACUCAGUCAUUUUUUUUGAGUCGUUUUUAGUUCCCGCGCAGUUUAUAUAACUAGGUUAAAACCUGUGCGACUAUCAGCAUCACGGUCUAAACUAACAUAAUUUUUUUCGUUAUUUUGCAGGAACAAAACGUGCCUGGUGUUUCCGAAUUUGCUACAGGAGAUGCUCGGGCAGGUUUUGUUGGAAUAUUUGUGUGGUGCGUUGUACUUAAGACUAAUAAACAGCCUUUAAGCAUGUUAGUGGCUAAGAUUUGCUAAGGCAUUGGGCGCUUUCCAUUUACUCAAAAUUUCCGGAAUUUCCGGUUCGGCGGUAAAUGGAACACGUUUCGUCGGUUCGUCCCACUGGAAAAUUCCCAGAAAAAGUGGAAAAUCUAAAAAGGUGGUCCCGUUUUCCCGGUUGGAAUUUCCGAAUGGAAUCUCGUGUUCCAUUUACGUUUCUCGUAGUUUGUAGGUCCACGGUCGGGCACCGCCACGUACCGGGGUUUACGACCAAAUGGAACAACUUUUUACCAAUCGGAAAUUCCACUUUCGCUACCACCGAAAUUUCCGGGUUUUUUCCCUAAAUGGAAAGCGCCCAUUGAUUCAUAGUGAUUAGACAAAUAUUAUCCAACAAAACCUUCAAUCAGCUGGACAUUUAAGAUAACGGUAUUGAUUUUACAGCUGGAAAACUGGAGCAAAAAGGAAAAAGAAUAUUAGAAAUGCACGCUACCUAUUUUUUGUUUGUAAGCUUUUCGUUACAAAUUUUGUCGGACAGGUGGACACGAAGUUAAAGAGCGCGUUAACAGAGCCGUUUUAUGGAAAUUCGAUCGCGCAAAUCUUUCUUUCUUUGCCGUUUUGCUUUCUCUUUGUGAUACAGUAAUGGCAAAGGCGAAGGUUGGUAAACGCAAGGCGAAAAAACUGCUAACAACGUAACAAUCUAAAACGGCAAAAUUAUAUUGAUGAAGAUAAGUGCUCAGAAAGCUAGGCGGUUUGCCAUAGUGCUGAUAUCGUACAGAAAGCAGACAACUUUAGCGUUCUAUCGACGUUGUCUUUCCAUAAAAAAACAUCGAACAUGAAAUCUAAUUGAACCAGCUUUCCCUUUAUAUGAUGCAUAAUUUUAGUUAACCUUUUUUAACUGACAUAAACCACAAAAAAGCACGAAAAAUAGGAAAUAAAGCCACUUACAAGUUAUAAACACCGCGUUUGGCUUCAUUGUAACUUAUCGUCUAUUAAAGGGUUCCAUAUCAACCACCCCUUCAGUUCUUUUCAAAUUCUAAUUUGAUGCGUGUGAGGAGGUAGCACCCGGUACCGGGCGCGGGGGAGCCGCAAUUUUCAUCUUAAUUUUUUUGUGGGAGUUGAUGAAUACAUCUACUUGAUCUCACUUUGCUAUAUUCUGUUUCCACUGUACACAUUCCCCAGCUUAAAUUGUGUUUGCGAGUUUCAUUAAGAUGUUGUUAUCGCGCCUCUAUUAAAACCGGGAAUUUUCUGAAGAUAAAGCGUUUUCACAUGACGUCACGGCGGCCAUAUUGGUGUUCCAAAACAAUGAAACAGCCGUCAUGUUGGUGUUCCAAACCAAUCCUGUGGGAGUUGAACUCGUUUCUUACGUAAAAACUUUCUUUUGUUCCAAUAAAUUAGCAUAGAUGCUGGCCACGUGAGUGAAAACGCUCUAUAAGCGAGAGUAUGAUAUAAAGCUGUUUUCAGGUUACCAGUCAGUCCCAGACUUCGACACACUUUUCUCUAACCGAGGGGGACACUGGGGUUGACGGCAUUGCGGUAUUGAGCUUUCUUUCAAGCGGUAUAUUUCGGUAAUUUUGAUUUUAAUGGGCGGUAUUGCGGUAUCAUCCAGCCCUGCGGUAUGCGGUUUUUUAUCCUUCUGGCUAACAGUAUUCCGUUAAAGAAGAUCCUUCGCGGUAUUGCGGUACCGUUCAUUUGGCCUCUCCUCUCCGAUGUAGGUCAAUAUUUGGAAGACUUUACGGCUAAUCGUUCAACAUUAUUUAAUUAAAUAGCUUUCACCUGCUUUCGAAAGAAUCAUACUUCUGUUACUGUAUUAAACAAGGAUUGUUCUGAAGAUAACCAUACCGCGAAGAUUUUUGAGGGUCAAUAUCAACUUAGAGUGUUAUUUAAUUCCUUCCACCACUCCUAGAUAAUCCUUCAUACUGCUCUCAGUUCUGAUCAUAAAGAAAAUGGAGUGCGUGUUCUUUAAUCUUAUCACGCGUACUUCCUGUCUGCUCAAGCAAACAACGUUUACCGAAUUAAAUUAUGCUGGAAGGCGACACGCGAAAUAAAAUAUAAUUUGUUAUUGCGACGCUGCUGAUGGAUCGUAGCCAAAGCAUCAUUUCCUACGGAAGGCCUGAUAAACUUAACAGGUAACAUGAGCCUGAGUAUCAGGACUUCUGUGAAGGGGCCAACGGAGAGGGUAUUUUUACCCUCUCCCUCUUUCUCUCCUCUCGUCCUCCUUUCCCUUAGAAACGCCUGAUACUCAGCCUAAGGUAACACUGCUGCAAGAGAUCAUGGAACUUCUUCGAAGAUGGCGUCGGACGAAGGAGAGGAUAGGGGAGGGGGGGGGCGGAUGGGGGGGGGGUUGAACGGGACAUCCCGAACUUUUUACCGCAUAACCUUUUUCUAUGCGCAAGACAAUUAAGGGGCUGUAAGGAUGCUCAAAGUGUUUUUGCUGAACUGAUAAAACUAUGGUUCAAUGAGUCCUUGCACCAGACCAAGUAUUUCAUUGUUUACGCAGUAACAGCGGCACAAAUUCUGCUCACUAAGUUUACAGAUGCGUGCUGUGUUAUCUUGUACUAAAUAUUGCCAUUAAUAUUCUAACUUCCGAGGGUGACUACUUUCGGAAGUUGCUGCGUGAUCGACUUGCCCACAAGUCGAGCUCAACAUUUUUUUCGAGCACAAAGCACGAGCUAGAAAUUUUUUAUGUUCUUAAUCCUAGUACCCAUUGACCACAUGCCAGCCGAAAUGAAUUUGAUCUUUCACUUAAGCACUGAUACAGUAGAACCUCUAUAUAACAAAGUCUUGGGUGUAAUAAACGAUUUUCUUUUGCCCCAGUAUAGUAAAAUUUAUUGAAAGAACCUCAAUGUAACGAAACCUCAUCAGUUACGACGAACAGAUUUUACCAGUUCCUUUUUCCUUCGUUAUUUCGAGGUUCCACUGUAAUUACUGAAAAUAUAAGAAGUGUCUGUAAUAAAAUGAAUCACAAAAUUCCAGGCGUUCAGAUGAGGAGAGGCGCGAAGUAAAAAGGAGAGCAAAAAAUCCCUUUUUUCAGCCUUGUGUUUUUUUGCUCGCUCUAUUUGUCCCCCGCGGUCAACCUUUUGAACGCCUGUAACGGGCUCCAAAACGCUUUUCUUAUAACAAAUUUCCUCACUCUCGGUCCUCUCCGAGUAGAGACUGUCAGGGGGAGAGGAGUGCAAUGGGCUGCUCAUUUCUCGAGAGUGCUACCCUGGCUCCAGAGAUCCAUUCUCAAAAUACCUGGGAUAAAAUAUUAAACCGUACUUGCAGCGGGAACUUUAGAUAAGAAAAAGAUAACCUCUGGAAAGCAGGGUAGAACAUUGCCAGCUGGUUAUCAAAAUCUUGUUUGUAAUUUCUUUUAUUUGUCAUAGCAUUAGGUUUUAUUUAGUUUUGUUUUUUUUUUCUGCAGAAGUUCAGAUAGACGUACAGUUUUUGGUGGUCGUGUAGAUAUUUUACUCACCGACCCGCCCCGCACUCGUCUCUAUGAGGUGCCAGGGAGGUAAAUUUUGCUUCCUGUUUCUAUCUUUACCGUUAUUUCUUGUUGAUUUUUGAAAAUCCAUUUCUAUCACCGUGCCCUCGUGACUGUGUCGUCGUUGUAUUGGCGGGGGAAUAAUCUUUCUUCAUGUAAGUGUUCCCUACCUCAGGGAAACAAUUUUCCGUCUGCGACGCGACUGAACAUGAUACAAGAGGUGGCUUUCCAAACAGCUUUGAUCUUGAUCUUUGACAUGCAUAAUGAGAAAAAUGAUUAUAAAUAAAAACAUCUCCUGGCACAUUACCCAAAUACGUGACCUCGGCAGUAUAUAACGAGAUAACGACCUAUUGUGACGAAGCGAAAUACAACCGUCUUUACCAUCGAAGUAGACGAACAUGGCAGCUCAUAACCAGCGUAUGCCUUCUUUUGUAAGCAUUUUUUCUGUUGUGUCUUUUGUGUUUUACUGUGCCGGGUUUUUGAGAGUUGAACUGGAGUUACAUGAGCAGAAGAAAAGGAUCAACGCUCUUGAAAACAACGCAGCGUCAAAGCCGCAGCCAUCACUGGAAGCAAAACUUGUGAAGGCACAGCAUUCGCUUUCUGGUAAGUUGUUCCCUCUUUGGGAAUUUAUGUUAACGAAGGGCGACAAAGAACACAAAUCUAGGAUUAUCAAAAAAGGGUGGUGAUGUAAAUGCUUUUACGUGUUGGAGUUGAGUUUUGACUCAGCUCGCUGUGGCCUCGAUUUCCCAUCGUUUAUUUGGUCGAAGUACUUGCCUUUUUAAGAGCUAUCAGUUCAAAUCAUUGCCCACCGUACCUAGGCAUUAACCGGCACCAACUUUGGUUUCAGAUCGUCAAUUCUCAAGAACAGUUAAAAAUACUUAAUUAGUGUUCAUUUAACUAAAUUUGACUCUAUUCUGGUCUCUUAAAUUACACUGAUUUCUUUUAUCAUAAGUAUAUUAUACACAGAAUUCUUUGCGGCUUGGUGCAUAUUUUUGUGAAGUUUCUUUAUGGGGUACUUUGCAUCUGUAAAGCAGGGCACAUAAAUAUGAUCAUCAUCGGCAAAUAUUUUCCCAGUACAAUAUUUCUUAGGGGUUACUUUCUCACAGCAUAACGCGAUUUUCUCGAACUCAAGAACCUUAAUUUCGCAAAAUUGUCAACUUUAAUGCAACACUUCACUUCGUUCCUCUUUGAAACUACUCCUUGUUAUUUUGGGCGGAACUUUUCAGAUUGUUACUGUUAGCUUUAUGAUCAGUUCCUGGUACUACACCUUUUGCUGUUCAUUACGAGAAAAUACGCAUACAUUUGCGUGAAAUGGCGACCAACAGCGCGAAGAGACAUUCAUUAGCGCGAGAAAGAGAACAUUUGCGCAUAAAUCAGAUUCAAUAACGAUUUUUGCAUUUUAAUCAACAUUCAAUACACUCUAAAUCAGAAAGAUCUGUUUUAGCCCUAAAAAUAGGGGAGCUUCGGAGAGUAAAAUACAGUCCUAUUUUUACGCGGGAUGACGUAGUCAGCCAGCGUCUAAAAUUCGGUAGCGCAUUCCUUUCGUCGUCUUGGGAGUCAAAAAUUGCCUUGUUUUUUUAACUUUCCCGUGUCCCGAGCCCGUCCCGAAAAAUUGUGUGGAUUUUUAUUGGCCGCAACGUCGAAGCACGUGCAAGUCAGGCUGGAUUGCACAAGCCGAAAAAAGAUACUGCGUCAGCAAAGGAGGGAAAAGUCAGUUCACUGUGUAGAGGAGGACGAAGACGCAAGGCGGUGCUCUUAAUACGGCGCAAGACUUGGCCUCGGGCGACUGAAAAUAUUGUCUAGGUGGCCCAGCCGGGCGACUUGCUGGUGUUGGUUUCUUGUUUCUGUUGAGUUACAGUAAAAAAGCUAAGAAUGUCUAGAAUUUAUUACUUGCGAAAUCGUAGCUCGCUCGGUGGCUUCGCGGCCUAAAAAGAACGCUUCGCUCGCUAAGAAACUCUUGAGGUCGACUUGUAAGUAGCAAAAAGUAGCAUGUAUAUCAAAAAGCUUUAGGAAAAUGUUGUAAAUCGGGCAGCGGGCACGCGUUGAUGUUCAAAGGUGGUUUCACGUGAAUUCACAUGUAACAUAAUCCUUGACUAUGAACGUGACAAGCUGCACAGUUUUCGAUAGUAACAGCUUUUCAUAAUAACAUUGAAAUUUUUUCUUUAAAUUGGGAUUGUUCAUUAGUGAGUUUCGCAAAACAAAUUGUUGCUUUUGCUCUGACAGGCGUGAAGUACGGUGGGCGACGCAAAACAAUAGUUUUGUAUUUUGAAAAUUCGCUGAAUAAACAAGGGAGUCGGUCUUUUAUGUUCUUUAAAUAUUUUUACCUUCUUUUACUGCUGUGUCUGCGAGGCUAAAACAUAACUAAGAUUGUUAUUCCAGUAAAAUACGAUGCAUAAAAAAGAAGAGAGACGACUAUUAUUAUUGUGAUUGUUCUAGAAUCGUGUAUAAAUCCCUCAUUGUCUUUCGUGUCGUGACAAGUCAUGUAAUACGUAUCACGUACUAAAAAUAAAUACGCAAAAGCUAACCGAAUCUACAUUUGUCCUGAACAUUUCACCGGUAAUAUAGAAAGAAAAUACUUCCGUUUUGCGCUUAAACGACGACUUUACAACAAGAUGAUCUAUUCAAAAGAGAAAAUAGUUUUGGGGGGGCCCGGGCGAGGGAGGGGGGGGGGCACUUCCUUAUAAAGAGGCUAAUGGGGAUGUGCCGCUGGAUGGGGUCGCAUUUUCACGACUAGAUUGAUUAUUAAUAGAGUUGCAUUUUCAAAAGAGUUACUAGAAUGGGGUCGCACAUUUUCGGAUUUUUGGGAGACCUGUUCAUACUUACGGUUAGCAAACGUACCAGGAUAUUUGUACUGUCGGUGAAAAAAAAAAAGUUCUUCAUUCAAUUUAUUAAAAAAAAUGGGUCAAUUCAUUUUUUGAUGACCUAUUUAAAGGAUUGAUAAGGUAGAUACAUAAAUAGAAAGUGACAAAGUUGAGAUCGCAAAAAUUACAUAUUUGCCCAAGAGUGACUAAUAUGGGGUCUACAAUUGGCCACAGAAGAGAAAUGGGGUAGGGGCUCUGAGAGGCCAGCGGCACAUACCCAGCAAAAGUUAACGCAAGUACCCCCCCCCCCCCGGGGCGCCGCGGUUUCGUUGAAAUCAUAACAGUUUUCCUGGAAAGCUCCACGGGAUCUCAGUCAAUCUUAAUAAGCGAAUUUUCUUUUCAACCUAAAUCAAAAUGAUUAGAAAAAGAAUUGUGCCCUUAUUUUUGACCCCAAAUUUACUUUUCCAUUUAAAAAAACAUGAAAUGUUCGGCGGCGUCGUCCAUACUUCUCAUAUGGCGCGAAAACUUACUUUCAUAUGACAGCAUGCGGGUUUUUUUUCGCACGCUCAGGAUGUCAAAGGGAUGUGAUGUUUCAUGAAAAAAAUAUUCACAAAAUUCUGCUUGAGUUGUUAAGAAAAUAAUAUUUAUGUAAUUUUUAAUAAUUAACUAACAGCUCAUCGAUUUAUUAAUUUGGGCAACCGACUUGGAAGCCGGGCACCCCAGCUAAAAAUGCUUGGGGAACCAGCCCAAAGGGCUCCCUGAAAUUUUCCCUAGACCACUUCCUUGCAGCCCUGUAGUUAUUGAAAGUAUGAUACAUUACAUGCUAUUGUUAAAUGUGGAAGUGCAUUUUUUAAGGACAUUAGUAAAGGAAUGCAAAUUUUAGUGAACUAUCCCAUACUCCUAACAUAUAUGGUGGUAAUAUUGAUGUAAGUUUUGUUUUGAGUAGCAAAGGAACCCUUGUGUGUAACUCAUCUUCUAGUGUAUUAGUCCUUAACAGAACAUCGCCGUCUCUCCUGCACACAUUUCUGACAUUUGUUGCAUACACUACUCAACUUUCCAUUGCCAUCUAACAUAAUUCUUUCUUAAACCCACACAUCCCGCGUAAACGCCUUCGGGCGUCUUCUUGUUUGAGUCUAAUUUGGCUCCCUUAAAUCAGGGCGAAUACAGUCCAAUUAGCUAGGGCUGAUUUGGUCCCAGGGAUGAAAUGGGCCUACCGUGGGCUGGAAUAGCCUUUUGAAAGGGCUUUUUUGGCCUAAAUUGUGCUCAAAUGGCUCCAGGAAGGGCUGAAUCAGACUUUGGCCUGCAGGGCUGAAUUGACACCUUGGGGCUGAAACAGAUCUUUUCAAUUUUCAGUUUUCACUAAGUGUCUAAUUGCACCCAUUACAACAAAGACAAUCCAAACCAAUAUUUUAUUUCAUCUAAAAAAAACAGUGAACUAUGCAUGUGAAACUUGAUAGCACGUCAGGUUGUAAUACAGCAAAGACGCACAGAUAAGAACCAACACUCUUUAGGCUAAUAUUUUGAAAGAACCUGAUGAAGUAAAAAUGUUGAAAGAGAUUCUACAGAGUUCUUAAAGUCAAAUCAAGAGUUUCUGCUGGCUUAAAUUGAAGUCAUUUAGACAUAACAACAUGCAAAUUUUGUACAAACAUUAAAUACUACUGAUAUUCUUCCAAACAAAUCUAUUUGCCUAAUUUGAAAAACGAAGCAGCCUAAUUUCCAAGAAACACAAAGUUUAUAAGAGCCUUUUCAGGCUCACUUUGGAAAAAAAAAACACAGCUACUUAGUUUUUACUGUAUACUACUAAAUGCAAGAGCAGGGGAGGGGGAGGAAGAGUUAGGGUUAGGGAGAGAGUUAGGGUUAAAACAGAUUAGAAAUAUAUUUUGAGCUUUCAUAAUACUGACUCACCCUAGUGUAUUGCAAGAACUAGUUUUUAUCAUUUAUACAAGAGGGGGAGGGUCAUGAUAAGGUCAAGGGGAGGGUUAGCAAAUUUCACUCCCAUUGCAGGGAUGGGUCACCUCAUUUCCGAACCCAAAUUUAAAAUUUACAACCCCCCCCCCUGCUAAUUUCUGACAAGUCCCUUAUUUUAUUCCAUGUUUCAGCACUUUUUGCCGUUUCAAUAUGUAACAAUGGCAGUAUUUCGAGCGUUUUGAUAUUUUCUUUACCUGCUGACCAUAGCUUACAGCGAAACAGGGAAGAAAAAGCAUGACGAGGACUUAAAACAAUCAUGACGGGAUCGGCCUAUUUUCAAGAAAAAGGUUGUCAACUAUGUGAGUUUUCUAAUUUCUUCCUGUUCGAACGAGCCAAAAUGAUUAUUAGUGUUUUGGUAACAUGGAUGACAGUAGACUGCAAUUUGGCUGUCACAAAUUUAUUAUCCUUCUAGUUGUGCGCUACAGAUCAAUUCAAAAACGACCGAUUUUUGGUUCGCUUGCAGACACUGAGUUUAGGUCAGGAAAAAUAAGAAAGUUUUAGUCUUGCCCGUAGCUACCUAACAACGUUUAUGGUUUUCGAAGAUAGUCUUGUGUUGGGUUGUGUCGCACACAAAAAAUGAACUUCGCUCGUUUAAUUUUGAGGAGUUUGUGAGCUUCAGAAAAUGGUCAAAAUUUGCUUACAAAAAUGGCGUCCGAGGGGGUCAAGUGAUGCUCGUAUCUAUAAUACAAGAACAGUGAAGAACCUAUGUUUAUUAUAUUUGUCCAUUACUCCACCUAACCCAUCUAUGAUGUUAGUAUGAGCUUAUUCUGUUAACCCACUUCCGUUGACAUUUUUAACAUUUUGCCCGGUUUUCUCAGACAACCACUCUUAAUUCACCUAAGAUGAAAACAUACAUCAGAAUAAAAGUUUGUAAUAUAAAGCAAAAGUCCCAGAUUAAAUAUUUGGGUGUCUUUACUGAUGAACAUCUAAAAUGGGAUGCUCAGCUCCAGCACAUUAACAACAUAAUAACAAAAAACAUUGAAAUUUUAUUUAAGCUUAGACAUUAUGUACCUAAGAGCAUUUACGUUUACCAUAUUACAAGCAGUCCCUCUCUACAAGGCUUAUAUGCUCGGAUUCGGUCAGGUUCGUAAAGGUUUUUAAUGUUUCAUCUCACAGACCCUACUCUUAAAAACAUUAUGACUUGGGGCUGUGGCUAGUGUGGCGGGCAAACUGUUCCACUGCUUUAUAGUUCUAGGUAAAAAGCUGUAUUGAAGAUAGGUGUUCUUUUCGUAGGGAAUUCUAAAGGAUUUGGCGUGACUAUUUCUAGAGUGUCUCAUAAGUGGUAUAAGUUCUUUAGAAAGAUCAACUACGACUAGGUUAUUUACAGUUUUGUAUAAAAUAAUUAAUCUUUGGUCUGCUCUUCGCUGCUUGAGACUGCGCCAGCCAAGCUCAUCAAGCAUGGCAGUGACACUUGCUUCGCCUCUGUAGUUGUUGCAAACAAAGCGGGCAGCUCUUCUCUGUACAAUGUCAAUUUUAUUUUGGUUCUUUUGGGUGAAAGGAUCCCAUAUAGUAGACGCAUACUCAAUUUCUGGUCGAACAAGAGUCUUGUAUGCAUUAGCUUUGAUGUGUUUCUGGUCAAUUUGUAGGUUUCGUCUGAGAAAACUUAUGGAUGAAUUAGCUUUCUUAAAUAUAAAGCAUAUAUGUUCGUUCCAAGACAGCUUAUGGUGUACAGUGACGCCAAGAUAUUUAACUGCAUCUUUUUCCUUAAGGAUCUGGUUGUGUAGGAUGUAAUCAAGGGUGAGGGGGUUCGUCAACCGUGUGACUCGUAGCACAUUACACUUGUCCGGGUGGAAAGACAUUUCCCAUUCUUCAAGAAGUUUGAGAACUUUUUUGUAAGAUGGCAGCAUCGGUUUCGUCGGUCACAGUCAUAUACACAAUAGUGCCGUCUGAAAAUAGUUGUACUUUGGACUGUAAUUUAGCUGGGAGAUCAUUUAUAUAUACUAAAAAUAGUAUGGGUCCAAUCACAGAUGCUUGAGGUAUGCCGCUUGCUACAGGAACCCAUGAGGACAUUUCCCCUUCGCAUACUACUCUUUUUUGUCGUUGAUGAGAGAAACCCUUUAUCCAUUGAUUGAUAGAACUAUUUAUACCAUAUUCUCUGAGUUUGCGUAUUAACUUCUUGUGGGAUACCUUAUGAAAGACCUUCGCAAAGUCCAUAACUAUAACAUCUGUUUGCUUAUUGUUGCGGAGGUUCUUGUAUAGAUCUUGGACAAAUGUAAGGAGCUGGGUUCCGGUUGUUAACGCUUUGCUCUAAAUCCAUGUUGUAGCUUGUAUAGUAUGCUGUUACAUUCCAGGUGUUUCAUUAUGUGUUUUGUUACUGUGUGUUCCAUUAUCUUCGAUGCAAUACAAGUAAGUGAAAUGGGACGAUAGUUUUCCGCAUUGUAACGUUCGCCUUUCUUAAAGAUAGGAGCAACAUUUACCUUCCUCCAGUCUUCGGGCACCUCACCAGAGUGUAGUGAUUUGUUAAAGAUGACUGUAAGUAUCGGGGAAACAGCUGUGGCAAGCUGUUUCAACACCCUCGGAUGAAUUUGAUGGGGUCCCAUAGAUUUAUUUGGAUUGAGGUUUUCGAGAAGUUUUUGUACACCAUCUGAUGUAAUACGUAGUUCAACAAUAUCAGGGUAUGGCCUACCUGUUUCGGUGACAGGAGGUUCCAGUUCAUCAGGUGUUGGAUCUGAGUCCUUGGGUUUGUCUCAUAACGUUCCUUUGUAUUUCAGUGGGGUGACGCCGACUGAGUCUUUUUUUCUGUGUUUGAUGAAGGACCGCAGUUUUUUAUUGCCUCUAUUUGGCUCAUCUGAUGUUUCAGGGAGGAUGCUGGUUUCCACAUAAUUCCAAUAGGCAGCUCUAGUUUUCCUUCUUAUCUUGUGUUUUAGACUUUAAAUUUAAAUAGUUAGUAUUACUCAUAUAUACCCUUCCUUUUCAAUGUGAUUAAUUUAGCCAGAACUCCAUUAAAUAGUUUUUUAUAAGUACUUUCUAAACUCCACCCACUUGCAAUCUCUCUGAGGUAGUAGCCAACUCGAAAGCUUGGCUCCUUUGGCUGCUACGCACUUUUUUCCUUUGUUAUGUUUAAGUUAAUGUAUAUAGUUAGCUCUGUUUUUACUUCUUUUGUUUUUUCUUAUGGUUGUUGUAUUGUAAUUGAAUAAGUGUGAAUAAAUGAACUUGAACUUGAACUUGAACUUGAAUAUUGAAUCAGUUUGUAGCGGAGUCUAGUAUGUUAUCAGCUUGUUUCAAGUGCAAUAUAUUAUUUUUUCCUAAUUAAAUUUCUUUGAGCUCUUUAUCCUUGGGGAUUUAUAACUUUGUUUGCUUUCUAACAAGGAAAAUCUCCCGGUUUAUAUUCUCUCUUUUCAUUAGUAUGGCUGUGAUUAUCUAUUGUUCUUUGUUCGACGAGUUUCAUAAGUAAUGAAAAAGCGUUAAUUAACUACUCUACUUAAGAAAAAUUGUAGAUAGAGAACCAGCGGAAAUGUACUCUAGUCAGUACGGAAAUCGUCCUCACUGAGAAAGGUGUCUUUUAAGACUUUUUAAAAACAGGUUUAGGACACACAUAAAGAUAAAUGCUUUGAAUUUAUGUUUCACGGCCGGUUCACCUAAACCAUGUUCCUCGAUUAUUAACCCUGACGCCGUCAAUCAUCAUAUUUAGUCUAGUAACUAGCUCCCACUCAAUUAGUUAAUCAAUAUGUUCUAUUUAUCAUGAAGAUGUUGAAGAUAAAGACACUAACGGUUGUUUUGCUUGAUUUCAGGGCUUCAGUCCCUUGAACUCCACAGAAACAGGCGUCAGGUUAAUUCAGAGAAUGGCACCCAUAAAAUCAACAAACUUUUAUCGGAGCUAAGACCGCACAUCUGUCAAUCAAAGGGUGUCACGUGUUCACCAGGUCGAACUGGCCCUCCAGGUCCACCUGGACCGAGGGGAGAGAAAGGAACCCGGGGACGAAGAGGACACGGAGGGAAACCUGGAAACAAAGGAGAUCAAGGAGUUAUGGGAUCACCAGGAAAGAGUGGCAAGCAAGGCAUCAUGGGACCUUUUGGGCCGCCUGGUGUAGCUGGUCUUAAAGGACAAAAAGGAGACAUGGGGCACGCGGGCAUGCCGGGAUCUAAAGGAGAGCCUGGUGAAUCGAUUUCAGUUCCUACUGCCAUUGUGUCUCCUGCAAAGUUGACUGCGAACGAGAGCGAAUCAGCGUCGUUUCAGUGUUCAGUUACUGGGAAUCCUAAACCUACAGUAAUCUGGAGAAAACUGGACAGCCAGUCAGCAGUUUCUGGAGGAAUUUUACAUUUACGGAACAUAAAAGGAAGUGAUGCGGGUGUGUACAAUUGUUCAGCGGUAAACAUCUUGGGACAGGCGCACGCAGUAGGACAACUAGAAGUAAAUGGUGAGUUUAUCGACUUCACUGAUAUUUCCGUAAGCGUAAAUGUGCCGAUUUUGUGAUUGUACAUAGCAAGAACAAAUGUCGAUCUGUCCCCCGCUUUUAGUCAGAGCGGCAAAACAAAAAAGUCUCCCAAAGAAUUAACAGAAGGUUAACGGUGUGCCAUUAUGCUAAAAACCACCUUUUUUGUUUUACAGUUCGUCCCGCUAUAUCUCUUAAUGCAGGACCUUUUCACGUCCUGGAGGGAAGCGAUGUCACUCUUCCCGUGUGCCAUGUUACUGGUCAUCCGCCACCAGUGGUCACGUGGAGCAAGUCAUUUGGUCAGCUACCGCAGGGGAGGGUACGGGGUAAUAACAGUGUCAUCAAACUACUUAGUGUCCGUAAAGCUGAUUCUGAUAACUACCUCUGCACUGCGACUAACUUGCUAGGAACUGUUGUAAAAAGAACUCACAUAGUUGUGGUCUCCUUGCCUCGGUUUAUUACUAAGCCACCAAAUAAGGUUGUUAAACAUCCAAAUUUACGUUUGACACUGAAUUGCAGCGCUAGUAGUAAUCCGCUACCUGUCAUCAGCUGGCGAAAACAAGGAGCACAGCUUCCAUCCGAGCGGAGCCAGCAGACUAAAGGAGUUCUGGUGAUAAGAAAUUUAAGAACUGGAGACGCGGGGAAUUACAUUUGUACUGCAACAAGUGCUGGAGUGUUCAACUUGGAAGCUGUGACUUUUGUUGAGGUUCAACCUAGAGGUGAGUUAUUGAUAAUCACCGUGCACUGUGCAAAAACGUAUGUUAGCAGGUGAGCCUAGUGACAUGGAAUCGAAUACUUUUACCCUAACCAUGUAUGGCUGUUUUUUCUUCCAGAGACCUAGGAGUGGUUAGGGGAGGGAAGGGGGGGGGGGACGGAUGGGGAUUUUCCAUGAUAUGGCUAUCAAAGUUACACAGAGUAAAGUCCUCACCAUUUCCAACUGAUCUAGUUACACCUGGAUUAACACAAUGAAGUAAUUGGCGUAAUUAUUAAGUCAUUAUUGAUUUUUUUGACUGAACUAAAAUUUCAUCAGUUUUUUCUUGUUGUUCUUAUGGCAUUGGGAUCAAACUCUGAACAACAAAAAUAGGGGCUUAAUGUAAACCUGGAGCUGGUUGUUUAAAAACUGGAUAGCGCUAUCCACUCGGAUAAAUCGCUAUCCAUUGGAUAAUAAUUUACCGGGAAGUCAAUUGUGCUAUCCAGUGGAUAAUGGUUUAUCCGAUGAAUAGUGCUAUCCACCAUUUGAAUAACUAGGGCCACGCCCCGGUUGUUCAAACGUUGGAUAGCAAAUCGCUAUUAGUAUUAGGAAACACCAAUUGCGUUUUGGGAAACCAAUUGAGCUAUCCACUGGAUAGAUUUUUAUCCCGUGUAUAGCGCUAUCCAACGUUUGAACAACCAGGGCGAGGUCACUAAUUAGUAGUAUUAAUGUUAGUUCGUUUAGCAAAUGGAGGAGCUUCGUAUGGCCGUGUUGAAGUAUACUACAGUGGAACCUGGGGUACAGUGUGCGAUGAUUACUGGGAUAUCAAAGAUGCUAAUGUUGUUUGUCGUGAGUUGGGUUUCUCCAGAGCAACAUCGGCUCCCGGAAAAGCACGAUAUGGUCAAGGUACUGGCAAUAUUUGGAUGGAUGAUGUCUCAUGUAAUGGAAGAGAAGCUUCACUGUUCAACUGUUCGCAUAGAAGAUUAGUAAAUAAUAUUGGCUGUUGCCAUAGCGAAGAUGCAAGUGUCGUUUGUGCGUAA